GUGGGCGCGCGCGGUGCACGCUGGGAGCUGUCACUAGGCCCUUCGGCUCCCGGUCUUCGUGUCGCCACCGCGGUUGCCAGGAGAGCGGCGUCGGCGGGGAGCGGCCAAGCCCGCGGCAGGUAAUGAUUUUGCAUGACUUUGGACCUGGUCUCUAGUGGGACACCGUGGGAGGAUGAAUACAGAAGAGCUGGAGUUAUUGAGUGACUCCAAAUACAGAAACUAUGUAGCGGCAAUUGACAAAGCACUAAAGAAUUUUGAAUAUUCCAGUGAAUGGGCAGAUUUGAUAUCAGCACUUGGAAAACUAAACAAGGUUUUACAAAACAAUGCCAAGUACCAGGUAGUACCCAAAAAGCUGACCAUAGGCAAGCGCCUAGCUCAGUGUUUACAUCCAGCAUUACCUGGUGGAGUUCAUCGGAAGGCACUUGAAACAUAUGAAAUUAUCUUCAAAAUCAUUGGACCUAAGCGACUUGCCAAAGAUCUUUUUUUAUAUAGUUCUGGAUUAUUUCCUCUUCUUGCAAAUGCUGCCAUGUCUGUGAAACCAACAUUGCUCAGUUUGUAUGAGAUAUAUUAUUUACCUUUGGGUAAAACACUGAAACCUGGUCUUCAAGGAUUGUUAACUGGUAUUCUUCCUGGCUUAGAAGAAGGAUCAGAGUACUAUGAGAGAACAAACACAUUGUUGGAAAAGGUUGCUGCUGCAGUUGACCAGUCAGCAUUCUACAGUGCCCUGUGGGGUAGUCUUCUCACCAGUCCUGCUGUUCGUUUACCUGGAAUCACAUAUGUUCUAGCUCAUCUGAACAGAAAGCUUUCUAUGGAAGAUCAACUUUAUAUAAUUGGCAGUGAUAUUGAGUUAAUGGUAGAAGCAGUAAGUACUUCAGUGCAAGACUCAAGUGUACUUGUACAAAGAAGCACACUGGACCUCAUACUCUUCUGUUUUCCAUUCCACAUGAGUCAGGCCACUCGACCAGAUAUGAUCAGAAUCUUGUCAGCAGCCCUUCAUGUGGUACUACGAAGGGAUAUGUCCCUGAACCGAAGACUUUAUGCAUGGCUUCUUGGUUUUGAUAAUAACGGUGCUGUCGUAGGACCCAGAAGCACAAGACACAGUAAUCCUGAAGAACAUGCCACUUACUAUUUCACAACCUUUUCCAAAGAAUUAUUGGUCCAGGCAAUGGUGGGAAUCUUACAAGUGAAUGGAUUUGGAGAAGAGAGCACUCUAAUGCAGGAUCUAAAACCCUUCCGUAUUUUAAUCAGCUUACUGGAUAAACCUGAGCUAGGACCUGUAAUUCUGGAAGAUGUCCUGAUUGAGGUAUUUAGAACAUUAUAUUCUCAAUGCAAAGCAGAAUUGGAUUUUCAAAUGGAACCACCCUUCAGCAAAGACCAUGCUCAGCUAAGCAGUAAACUAAGGGAAAAUAAGAAAACAGCAGAGCUGAUUAAAACUGCCAACCUUCUCUUUAAUUCUUUUGAACCUUAUUAUAUGUGGGAUUACGUUGCACGUUGGUUUGAAGAAUGCUGUAGGAGGACAUUACACACCAGACUUCAGAUUGGGCCUGGAGAUAGUAGUGAAUCAUCUGAGUUACAGCUGACCAAUUUCUGCUUACUGGUGGAUUUUUUGUUGGAUAUAGUUUCUUUGGAGACUUACAUUGAAAUCCAGACAGAACACUUGCCUCAGUUGCUGCUGAGGAUGGUUUCUGCCCUGACAAGCCAUCUCCAGACAUUGCACUUGUCUGAGCUCACAGAUUCUCUCAGGCUCUGCUCAAAGAUUCUUAGCAAGGUCCAACCUCCACUGUUGUCUGCUGGCACUGGGAGUGUGUUGCAGUUUCCAAGUGGGCAGCCCAGCGCAGUCAAAGAAUGGGAAGAGAAAAAGGUACCAUCAGUUUCUCUGGAAAACCCUAUUGAAGUGUUCGAAGAUGGAGAAAACCCACCAAGUAGUCGAUCAUCAGAAAGUGGCUUCACUGAAUUUAUACAGUAUCAGGCAGAUGGAACUGAUGACAUUGACAGAGAACUAAGUGAAGGUCAGGGGGCCGCUACUAUCCCAAUUGGUAGCACGUCCUCUGAGACAGAAACAGCAUCCACUGUGGGAUCUGAAGAAACCAUCAUCCAGCCCCCGUCCAUAGUCACUCAGGGGACAGCAACCCGAAGUGGGAAGACAGCCCAAAAGACUGCAAUGCAGUGCUGCCUGGAGUAUGUCCAACAAUUUCUUACCAGACUCAUCAGUCUCUACGUCAUUCAGAGUAACUCUUCUUUGGCUUCAGACCAUCAGGGAGAGACUUCAAAAUGGGAUAGGGAUUCACAAGGAGAUAUAAAAGAGAGAAAUCUAAGUAAACAAAAAACUACAAAAGAAUACCUUUCUGCCUUCCUUGCUGCCUGUCAGCUCUUUUUAGAGUGCUCAAGUUUUCCAGUUUACAUUGCUGAGGGGAACCAUACAUCAGAGUUAUGUUCUGAAAAAUUAGAGACUGACUGUGAGCAUGUACAGCCUCCACAGUGGCUGCAAACUCUGAUGAAUGCUUGCAACCAAGCAGAUGAUUUCAGUGUUCAAAGUGUUGCUAUUUCACUAGUCAUGGACCUGGUGGGACUGACUCAGUCUGUGGCCAUGGUCACUGGAGAAAACAUCAACAGCAUGGAGCCUGCACAGCCCUUAAGUCCAAACCAGGGAAGAGUAGCUGUGGUUAUUAGACCACCCCUCACCCAGGGCAAUCUGAGGUACAUAGUUGAGAAGACUGAAUUUUUCAAGCAUGUAGCUUUGAUCUUAUGGGACCAACUAGGAGAUGGGACACCUCAGCACCACCAGAAGAGUGUGGAACUGUUUUAUCAAUUACAUAACUUGGUUCCUUCUUCUAGCAUCUGUGAGGAUGUUAUAAGUCAUCAGCUAACCCAUAAAGAUAAGAAAAUAAGGAUGGAAGCACAUGCAAAGUUUGCAGUUCUUUGGCACCUGACAAGGGAUCUCCAUAUAAAUAAGUCAUCUUUUGCACGUUCUUUUGACAGGUUGGUUACACUGUAUAUUAGACUUUGCAAUCAGAUGUCUUCUUGUUGACUCUUCUUGAAUCCUCUAUGUAGAUUGGCUAAAGUAGGAAAUAAAAAUUUACAAAUUUUGUGAUGCAAAAUUUAUUUGUUAUUU